UGAGCGAUGGCGAAGCGAGACCAAACCUGGAGGUUCACCUGUUUGAAUCCUUUAGGCCCUCCACUAAUAUCCUCUUUUGAUGCCUCCGGGAACAUCACAACUAGUCUCGACUCUCAAGAUGGGUCGAACGCGGGACACACUACCCACUCGAGAAUCUUUCAAGAAUUUUUCCAGUUGUGCUAUAUGAAAUUUGGUUACUUUUAGUUUACUAUUGUGGCCAGAAAAACAAAGGCUUCGCAACAAAUGAAGACUAACAAGUUGCCUAUUAAUAAUAAUUUAACUGUGUCAGCAGAAUAGGCAUUAGAAUUUUGUUUCCCUAUAAUUCAAAUCCAUCCUUCAAGUGGGUGCCAAAUUGCCAGGAAAUUGCUACGAAAUAUAUAUAAUUAAACAUUGAUCAAGUUGAUGAAUGCGAUGAUAUAUAAAUAAGGUGUGUAUACCACACAAACUCAAAGUACCACCCUCUCAUCUAUCCUCUCUUUCAAUCCCAAAUCUUUCAUAACAUGGUCCUAUUUGAUUUCAAGUCAGACAAGCACUUUGUUGCUUCCUCUGACAAAACUACCCUACAUGUCUACGAGUUAACCAGCCCUACUAUUCACCCUUCUUCCAUUCGAAAGAGCCAUUGGACGCAAAUCGCCAAUAUCACUGCCCACGACGAUGAGGAGUCCUACGACGGGCUGUCCUUCUUCGAUGGUCACGGGAAGAUCGAGGGACGGGAGGCGUUACUCGAGUUAGCAGGAUACCUCACCCGGCUACGCUUGAUGGUGAGUCCGGAAGGGUAUUGUUUUCAAGACGUGAGGGAACUCGGCGAGCAUAACAAUUUUGGGAUCCAAUACUUCCGAUUGAAUGAUCUAUUCAACUGGCCUCAUCAUGGCAUUGACACUGCAAGGAGCAGCGUGUGGCAUCGACUGGAAAUGAGGUAUAUUCUGCCAAAACAAGAGAAACCACUAAAACAGACAAUGGGAGUAGGAGUGAUCAGUAAGGAGUGUGAGGAGUUAAAAAAGGCUAUGAGAGCAAAAAAUGAGGAAUUGAGAAAGGUGAGGGAGGAGAUGGAAGAGGAGAUACAGAAUUUGAGGGAUGAGCACAUGGGAGAGCUACAAAAGUUAAAAGAGGAGAUGGAGGAAGCAAGUGAGAAGAGAGACGAGGAGUUAAAGAAGGCAAUGAAGGAAAAGGAUGAAGAAUUCCGAAAGUUGCUAAAGAAAAAAGAUAACGAAUUACAUGUGCUUAAAAGGGGGAAUAACGAUGGAGCGAUGUUGCAAAAACUAAUAAAAGACAAGGAUGAGGAGUUUCGAAAGCUAAAAGAGGAGAUGGAUGAGGAGAUCGAAAAGCUGAGAAGGGAAAAGGACGAUGAAGUGGAAAAUCUGCAAAAGAAGGAGAAGGAAGCCUUGCAAAAACUGAAUGAGAACAAUGAGGAAUUAAGAAAACUGAGAAAGGUGAAGGACGAGGAGCUGCGAAAGCUAGUGAAGAAGAAAGAUGCUGAAUUGCAACUACUUAGGAAGGGAAAGGAUGAAGAAUUACAUAAGUUGAUGCAGAAAAUGGAGCAGGAGCAGGCGAAUCUGAUAAAAGAGAAGGAAGAAGAAUUACACAAAAUGAUUCUCGAAAAAGAGGAAGAAACAUCUGAAAAGUUGAAAAACAAGGACGAGGAACUAGAGCAACAAAGAAAGGAGAAGGAUGAAUUGGAGAAAGUGCUAAGAAAAAGAAUUGGGGAAUUGAAGAACAACAAAAUAAUCCCAGAAAAGUUGAGGAAGGAGAAGGAUGAGCAACUACGUAAAAUGAAACAUGAGAUGGAAGAGGAGAUAAAAAAGCUGAGACGAGAGAAGGAUGCAGAAAUAUCAAGGCUAAAAAAGGAGGAAGAGGAUGACGUGAGGUGGGGUGACUAAAACUACAUACUACACCUGAUUGUAGGGUGACGAUGCUGGCUUAUCAGGAAUGUUCUCUGAGGAUCACAUUCGCUUGCUUUUACUUUACCGGAGUUAAGGUGCUUAUUAAUUAAUGUCUGCACAUCUUGGUGUUGUCUGGCUGGCGAUGGGCAAAUUAAAUCUGCUGGUGAUGGUCUUUGUUUGAUGCUUGUGUUGUGUAUGUUGUCUACGUGCACAUAUCGUACGUAUUUGUUGUCUAAUUGGGUCAAUAUAUCGUUUUUUUAUUUAUUUAUGUUGGUGUUGAAUGUCUUUGUAAGUUCAAGUAUUAAUAAUUAUUCUGGGCUACUUUUUAUUCUGCUCAACUCAUUUCUUUUGUUUUAAAAACUUUACUUUCAGCUUUCCUUUGCAGUGUUUUAUAACUAGAAACUAACGAGGGAAACAAUUAUGAUAAAACUGCUAACAUAGUAACAUUUGUCAAGAUCAAAGUGGGUCAUCAAAAACAAACAAAACAUCCCAAUAAACACUACAGUUCCACCCUGUCCGCUUGGACUAUGCUUUCCAUCAUCACGUCCUGACAAGAGCCAGAUCGGAAAAUUUUAAUUCAACAAUCAGAAGGAAGCGACUCAUUAUAUAUUCAUACAACACAGUUGUCAUACUCUUAGAAUAUACUAGAAGUAUCACGUGUGUGAUAAACAAUGAGCUGAAAGAAAGAAUAACACAUCAGAUUUACUUGAUAUUCUCAACGAGUAUCGUUGAGACUAGUCCACGAAGAGGGCCAACCUCUCAGAGUCAAUCGUAUUAGCACUUAGAAUUCUUAACCUUACAUCGUAUGCAACUCUCAACUUAUAUACAAAGCCGCAUAACCCUACCAAGACUGUUAAUGUAAUUACGCUAAUGACAGGUAAAUUACAAAAUGCUACACUGACUUCUAACAGUGCGAAUAUGCUUAACACCUCUUACGAAUAUUUUUAACACAUGAACCAUCUUGACUGCAACACCUUAUUACCAACCUUAACAGGAUGAGAAAUUAGCCUCUUCCACCUCUAAGACAUGGCCCGAAGCUUAGCAUUGUGAAGUUCGUCUGGGUGCAAAUUUUUCAUCUCGAUACCAAGCCUAUAUAUCUUGUUGGCUUGGUAUCUUGUUACCUGGCUGCGAAGCAUGUCUUGUUUCCGGACUUAGUUGUCGGGAGCAAAAUUUCAUACCAACUGGUUUGUUACUAGGGAGAGGCAACAUUGAUUGUCAAGGCCAUGGGGAAGGUCGUCCACAUAUAAUAUUAACAAUGACAAAACAUUCAAUUAUCAAAUAUUUGGGUACCCCUAUGGUGCCUUGCAAGUCACCAUAACUUGCACUGUUCGGUCGACCUAUUCAUACCAGCGGUCGACCAAAUAUACUAAGGUGGUCACUGUGAUGAAAAAUCACGGUCGACCAUUAAAAAAAUAGAGGUAGACCGUUUUAAGUUAAGUUGCUACAUUAAUGGUCAAUCACAACGAACAUUCGGUCGCCCUUUCCAUUGUAAUCAAAAGCUAAAUGGUGGACCGUAAACUUAAGGAGGUCGACCACUUGAUGGCAGACAUUACCGAAAUGGUCGACCAUUUACCUAAAGAGUUCGACCAGAUAGAAUAGUAAAGUUCUAUCCAUUUAUCCAUCCUCCUUUGAUGUGAAACGAAGGUCAAAAGUGUUGGUGUCGCGGUCGACAUAUUCCAGUAAAAGGUCGACCGCAUACAGGAAAAUAAGCCUAUGACCUUCGACUUUUUUGCUUAUGUAUGUCAAUGUGGAUGGUUCGUUUUCUCGUACAAACUACGUUUGAAACCAACAAAAUCAGUCCUAAAUCAUGAUAGCAAGGACUCAUAACUUCAUAACAGAACAACUUAACACACUAACAAAAAAUACAAUAAAGCACACCUCAUAAA